UCUCCGAGUCAGCGGUAAGCUAUAUAUACAUGCCCCAGAGAUUAAAGAAGAAGUAUGCAUAUACACGCGCGCGCACACUAAACUCAGUCGCCGUGUGUAUAAAUACGCCUCACCAGCCCUUUGGACCAUAGCUCGCGAGGCAUAUCAUCAGUCCAUCACCAACAACUUACUCCAAAGUCCAAACUCACAAGGCAACGCAGGCGCAGCGCUGCGAAUCAACAACACUCCCUGCUAGUAGGCGUAAGAGAAUCAUGGGGCGGCCGCCGUGCUGCGACAAGGAUGGCGUGAAGAAGGGGCCAUGGACGCCGGAGGAGGACAUCAUCCUCGUCUCCUACGUGCAGGACCACGGCCCCGGCAACUGGCGCGCCGUCCCGCCCAACACAGGGCUGAUGCGUUGCAGCAAGAGCUGCCGUCUGCGGUGGACCAACUACCUUCGGCCGGGGAUCAGGCGGGGCAACUUCUCGGAGCAGGAGGAGAAGCACAUCGUCCAGCUGCAGGCGCUGCUGGGCAACCGCUGGGCCGCCAUCGCCUCCUACCUCCCCGACAGGACCGACAACGACAUCAAGAACUACUGGAACACCCACCUCAAGAAGAAGCUUCUCCACCGCACCAGCACGGCCACCCCGGCGCCGGCACCGACGACGCACAAGGAUCAGAACAACAACAAGGGGCAGUGGGAGAGGAGGCUGCAGACGGACAUCCACCUCGCCAGGCAAGCCCUUCGCGAGGCCCUCUCCCUCGACACCGCCUCCACUAGUGCCACCCCGGGCCCGGCGGCUUACGCGCUCAGCGCCCAGAACGUCUCCAGGAUGCUCGACGAUUGGGCGGUGGCGGCCGACAGCGCGUCGUCGGAAGUCACCGAGUGCUCCGGAGGCUCCACCGCGUCCAACGGCACGCUCUGGUCGUCUCUGCUCGGGCGCGAGAGCACUGGAGCCGCGGCGGCGGGGGUGGAGGAUCCGGCUGCGCUGUCGGCUAUCGAGUCGUGGCUGCUGUUGGACGACGGCACCGAUCGCCAGCAGCCGCCCGAACAGGAGCAGUCCGGCGGCCAGCUGCUACCUUGAUGCAUGUGGCCGGCCCCUCCGGAAUUCGUACGAUUUUUAAAUCUAGAUUUUUAGUAGCAGUGCCACACUACUGCUUUUGAGCCGUAUAAAAACGGCGAGACGAAUUAAUGAGCUCUAUCUGCAAUUCUGCAUGCAUGUGCAAACUUAGUACUCUCCCCAUCAUUCUACAGUACAACGCGUAUAGAUUUUUCUCACUUGUUCGACAAUACCUCUCAUUUUUUUUCCUGGUACCUGCACCCGGCCAAUAACUACUCACAUCCAUUUA